GCCAUCAUUUUCAAUACAUUUGAUGAAUUGGAAGAAGAAGUUCUCGAAGCAAUUCGAGCCAAAUACAAUCGUGUUUACACUAUAGGUCCAAUCCAGUUGCUCGAGAAAGAAAUUUACGAGCAAAACCUUAAAUCCAUUGGAUCAAACCUUUGGAAAGAAGACAUGGAAUGUUUAAAUUGGCUUGAUCAGAGAAAAAACGAUUCUGUUCUUUACAUUAAUUUUGGUAGCAUCACACCGUUGUCACCUGAUCAAAAGGUGGAAUUUGCUUGGGGACUUGCUAAGAGCAAUCACCAUUUCUUGUGGAUCAUUAGGCCUGAUUUGAUGAAUGGCAAAGGAUCGAUUUUACCAGAAGGGUUCUUGGAGGAGACUAAAGGGAGAGGUUUAAUGGUGGGUUGGUGUCCACAGGAACAAGUUUUAGCACACCCUGCAAUUGGUGGAUUCUUAACACAUUGUGGCUGGAAUUCAACAAUUGAGACUAUAUCAGAAGGGGUGCCAAUGGUUUGCUGGCCAUUUUUCGCCGAACAGCAAACAAAUUGUCGAUACGCGUGCAAGAAAUGGGAUAUUGGAGUGGAGAUUGAAGGGAAUGUUACCAGAGGGAAAGUGGAGAAAAUGGUGAGAGUGAUGAUGGAGGGGGAAAAGGGGAAGGAAAUGAGAAAGAAGGCACUGGAAUGGGAAGAAAAGGCUCAGUUGGCAGCUAAACAUGGUGGCUCUUCCUACCAGAACUUGGAGAAAUUAAUCCUUGAGACUCUUCUCAACAACCACUACCACUAGUGAUAUGCAGUAUUAAAUUGUCUUAUUAAUUGUAUUGAAUAGUCAUAUUAAAAUAGGACUGAACAAUGGGAUCGGCAUCGUCAAACAAAGUAAUCACCAUCUUCUUUUCAUUAUUGUGCCAUUAAAGUGUGAUUUUUUAGUCUUGCCUUCUGUUUGUUUAACUGAAAUCCCGUUUUUA